ACUAAUUUAUAAAUCAUACUCACAAACUGUACACAUAUUUUCUAUAGAAACUUGUAGUUCAGUAUCUCGCUAGCGGCAUCAAACAUAUUAGUUGUUGCACUUGCUUGACUUGUGGCUUGAUUGACUGGCAUAAGUGGCAUCUGGCAUGGCAAAACAUAGAGGCAUCUAACAAUGGGAAGACAAUAAUAAAAGGAAAAAUUCAGUGAGAGACACCAUAAAAUUGCUAUUUUACUAUGAUGAUUCAUUUAUUUAAAAAGGAGGAUAAUGGAUAGUUAUUUAAGCAAACGAUAUGCUAAAUGUAUAACUCAUUUUCAUCUUUUGAACAUUGAUCUAUGCGAAUACUUAGUGUGAACACCUUGAUAUCAUCAAAUGCACUUUCACUUUGUUGCCCCUGAGACCAUUUACUGCAUUGAAACGAUGUGAACCGGAGAAGAAAAAAAGUGUCAUUCUACAGUGGUAAGGAUAACACAAAGCAAAAGUAAGAACAAUGUGAUUUCACAAGCCCCAUUCUAAAUGUAGUGCAUUGUAGCACAAUGUUGUAAUCCUUAUCCUUAGGAAAAGAAAAAUGCAAGACCAAAGCUGAACCGAACAGAUCUGAAGCCAUAGCCCAUGGAGCAGUAUCCAAACUUGAAAAAUGCCAUAUCCAAAACAUUUGCACUAUAGAAUAGAAUUACAUUAAAUUUCUUCUUGCUCGAUGAUUUGGAUAGUUAAAAUAAAUCAAAGAAUGAUUCAACCAAAUUAUCAUGGAAAACUCAUGAGCUUCAUAAGAAAAAGGAAUUGGAACUAUGACGGACAGAAUAUGAUAAUCCUGCAUAAUUCACUAAGUCAUCAAGUGCCAAACUCAAUCCAAAAUCCACAUCAUAAGGAUCCGCAUUUGUUUCACUUGAGACAAUGUGAAGAUCAUGCUGAGCCAACUCGAAACCUACAUGUGGACUGGUGGAGUGCCAAGCUCCCAAGUUAAUAUGCCUAUGAGAUUAACAACCAUCUUGAUAGUGGGUCAAACAUAUCUUAAAUUGCAUAGCUAAAUGCAUGUACUUUGUUAUGGCUAAAGGUCACUCGAUUCAGAUUCGUUCUCAUAGAAAUUUAGCAUACUUGACAAGAAUUUACAAGCACACUCCUACAUAACCAUUGUGUCCUUUAUCAAAAUCAAUUUCACAUGCACGAACUCACUACAGAAUUCAGUUUUUUGGGGUGCUCUGCACAACUGAUGCGGCACCAUCACCAAAGCAAUGGCGACACGCACAUGAAAGCCAUUGAUGCUCCGCCGGCGUAGAUAACUGCAGGUCAAUUAAUCAAUCUAACCACCAGCAUAUUAGGCCUUUUGCGAAUAGCACUGAAUACACCGGUGACGCAACAAUUCAUUAAACAGGAAGCAUAGAACAAAUGAAGCUAACUAUUCUGUGUCCAAAUCCAAAUUGAUCAAUGCAACGAAUGAGGAAAGGCAGCCUUGGACGGCACAAUAUAUAAGUCUCUGGAAGCAAUCAGAAUGGUCAGUUAAUUGAGCCCUUGUUAAAUCGUAAACCACAAGUAUACGAAGAUAACAGGCAAAGAGAUUAUGCUUCUAUUUCAACUGAAUAGCUCUGUGGCAUAAUUACCUUUUAGCACGGAACCCAGACCAAUGUUUAAACAAAAUGGUUGCUACCGAGGACGCAGUGAUUGCCCUGAUUGACAAGAAAGAAAAUAUUGCUUAUCCACUUAUGUGCUACACUUCCAUGUGGAACAAGAAAAUAGGUUCAUCUUUCACCAUCAAAAUUUCUUGGAUAGAUCACGAACCUUCCCUGCAAUAAACACAUAAUAGUAACUUCGCUUAGCACCUGCACAACAAGUUAAGAACCCAUGCUGUGAAGAAUGCACAGUACACCAAUCAGAUUCCUAAAAAUUGCACCAAAGCAAACAUCCAAUGCAAUUCACAGUUUGACACAUGUAGAGUCCUCCUCGUCAGCAGACAAGCAUAUGUAUUUCUGCAGUGCCUAGAAAAUCAGGAGAUGAAGGGAUUGGUCAGAUCAGAACGCAGAACAAGAGUGAAAUGCAUACGAGCUGCUUAGCAAUCGCCUGAACUUGUUGAGCAGCGUCCAAUCAGGCUCAUGUAAGAGAUCACAUAAGGGAAAUGUUCUUCUCCCACAUUUUUGUCGAGCAGUUUGUAGGCCUUCCGUACAUCCCUGUUCUUAUUGUAGCAAUCAAUCAAGCCAUUGCCAGCUCAGGCUCGCUCCACCCAAACGCCGGCGCUGCCCCAACGCAUCAUCGCCAGCUGAGCAGAACGUGGAAGGUCUGCCCCAAUGCCGGACAUGCUCUUCUCCUAGCAGAGCGUGCAAAGCAGCGCGAUGAAGAGGCUGACAUCAGAGAAUUGAGAAAAAAAUAUUUAGCUAUUCAAUAUCUAAACACAAGCCGGUGAUCGAGGAGGAACUCAGUGCGACGGCGGCGCGGGGGCCUGGCAUGUCCUCGCCGGAUAAGCUGACCAUUGCCCCGGGCGAAGCCGGCGAGCAGGCGGGGGCGACGGAAGCUCGGCAUGUCCUCGGGGGAGCGGCGGGGAGCGAGCAGGUGGGGGCGGCUCUCGCGGCCCGCUGGGGACACGUGAAGCCGGCGAGCAGGCAUGGGGCGAUGGUAGCCGCGUAGCAGAGGCGGCACCCGCGGCCUGCCUUGGUGGAGCGACGGGGCAGUGAUUAGGCGGGGGCGGCGCCGCGGCGUGCAUGCGAGGCAAACCCACACCACCGCCCACAAAUGGGAACAGGGGAAGGAGACCAAGAGACUCACCGGGGUUCAGCCUUCGCCUCGCUGCUCACCGCGCAGGCCAGCUCGUGGCGCCUGGGCUGCGGUAGGACGAAGAGCACCCGGAGACUGCUUCUUGGGCGCCGCUGGGGCGACGAUCCCGGUGUAGCGCACCCCCGCGGCGGCGAUGUCCGUGGAGCGUGACGCUGCCGCCCCAUCGUUCUCCGGAACAACUCCGGGAACCGUGAGGCGGGGCGUGGGCGCGGGGGGCACGGGGGCUGGGGGCGGAAGGAGUGUGGCGCCGCCGCCGUCCACGCGGAAGGCGAGCCCCGCGAGGAGGAGACGGAGGAGACAGAGGCCGUAGAAGUCGGUGAUGGUCCCCGUAGGAUGCCGGGGACGGAGAGGCGGCGCCCUAUCGUGAUGGUGGGCUAGAAACCGGCAACAAUCGCCGUAGGAAGCUCGGAAUGGAGCGGUGGCGUGACGGCACGGAAGGUGGCAAAGCUACGCCAACGACGACGCGGCAUAGGAUGCUGGGGACGGAGCGGCGGCGUGACAGGGUGGCCGCGCGACCUCGCGACGGUGCAGACGGUGGCCGCGCUACGCUAUCGACGUCAUGGCAUAGGAUGCCAGGCACGGAGCGGCGGUGCGACGGCGGUGACGGGGUGAUGGAGCGGUGGUGCGACGUAGGACGCUAGGGAUGCUGGGGACUGGGUGAUGGAGCAGUGGCGUGACGUAGGACGCUAGGGAUGCUGGGGACCGGGUGACGGGUCGGUGGCGCGACGUAGGACGCCGGGGAUGCAGGCGACAGUGCGACUGCGGUGACGGGGUGACUGAGCGGCGGCGUGAUGGGAAGAUGGCGCGACAGGGCACGAGGGCUGAACGAAAAUGAUCCAGGGUUUAGGCAGUUUGUGGAAGGAGGCUGGAAAUCAAUCGAUGGCUGUUGAUGCGGAUGAUUUUUAAACGGAUGCUGCAAAUCAGCCCGAGGCUGGACGACGGGGGAGGGGCGAUGGUCGCACCAGUGGACACAUGAUGGAAGCUACAUUGUUUGGGCGUCUUGCUAAACACCACCAAAGAUGCUGCAGCACAUAUAGUAGAUAAACUUUCGCUUUUCUUAAAUCUUGUUAAUGAUCUCCGACUACCAAGCAUUGCUCCUUACUUUAGCAAAAAAGGGACCCUUUGACCUUGUGUUGCUCAGCAAUCAGAGUUCAAUCAACUGCGUAGAACCAGAGCACAUGCAGAAUGAUUAUAUGUCCCUAAAUGCUUCUCUUGUUCUAUUCGCUGAGGCUGUCAAAGGAUCUCUGCUAUCUACUAACCUAGAAGUUCAGACAGGGACAUUGGAUUUGAUCUUUCAUUUCCUGUCAUCUGAUGGAAAUAUUUGUGCUCUACUUCAAAUUUUGAUCGAUGAAAACGUUGCUGAUUACAUAUUUGAGGUUCUCAGGUUAUCAGGAAAUAAUGAUCUUCUUGUCAUCUCCUCUAUUCAAGUGCUAUUAAUUUUAGCCAGAUCAGAGGAGAAAUUCAAAGAAAAGCUUGCCAUUGGAUUUUCCACUCUGCUUCCUGUUCUUCACUAUGUUGCAGAGAUACCAUUUCACCCAGUCCAGUCUCAUGUUUUACAACUUGUUUGGAUUUGCAUGGUCAAUUGUUCUGGUAUACUCUCACUGCCCCAAGAAGAACAGAUAGCCUGUACUUUAACUGCAAUCUUGAGAAGAAAUGGCAAUGGCGAACAUGGCAUGAGUUCUGAAACCUUUAUUCUGGUUUGCUCAAUAUUAAUAGAGAUCCUGAAGUCACCUCAUGCUCAUGAUAUUGAGAAAUUACCAUCAUUUAUUGAAGAAUCAUCAAGAUAUGCGAUAUCUUCAACACUAUCACAUGAGUAUGAUUCUAGGAUCCCCAUUCCUCAUUCCCUUCUUCUUCUGAAAGAAGCACUUCUGUUCUGCCUUGAAGGGAGCAAAUAUAAUAUUUCUAGCAAGAAGGAUCUUGAGGAUAGCAUCAUUGGAACUUGUGGAACGAUUUUACUGCAUUGGCUUGAAAGUGCUGUGGUUGAUGGUAAUGAUGAAGAAACACUGGCAGGGAUCCUUCAGAUUUUCCAACUUAUUUUGUCAAGGGCAACUGACAAAAAGCCAUUAAAAUUUGCUGAGUUGCUAGCUUCAUCUUCAUGGUUUAGCCUGUCAUUUGGACUCAUGGGCUUAUUUCCUACUGAUCAUGUAAAAUCAGUGGUAUAUUUGGUCACUAGUUCAAUUGUUGACAGAGUUUUGGGCUGUAAUUACGGGGAAACUAUUAGAGAUGCACACAUUUAUCUGCCAUCAGACCCCACAGAACUGAUGUAUUUGCUUGGGCAAUGUAGUACAGAAGACUUCAACUUGGCAUCAUGCCAAUGUGCUAUACUUUCUAUACUGUAUGCCUGUUCAUUCUACAAUGAAAGGCUGGCUGCUGACAACCAAAUUCUGGCUUCUGUUGAGCAAUACAUCCUCCUCAAUGGUGGAAACUUCCCAUAUGAAAUUAAUUUUUCUGUUAUGUUUACGCUUCUGGUCCACCUUUAUGCCUAUGUCAGGGGCAUUUCCUAUAGCUGCAGCAUUCCACAUAGUCCAGAAGCCGAGAAUACUCUAUUCCAUGUAAUGACACAAAAGGAUUGGGAUUUGCUUGCUAUCCGAGUCCAUCCAAUAGCAAUAAAAUGGCUCUUUCAGAAGCAAGAACUCAUGGAACCACUCGCCUUCCAGAUGCUAAAUUUUUGUAAAACUUUCUGUGAAGAUGAAACUAUCAUGCUCUCAAACAGCAGUCAGUUGGUGGACAUACAAAUGGUUGCAGAGCUGGUACUUUCUGGAGAAACCGUCAUCUCGUUUUUGCUGGUGUCCUUGCUAAACCAGAUAGUAAAGGAGGGUACUGAAGAUGAGGUCUUCUCAGUGGUCAGUGUCAUCGCUGAAAUCGUCACCAUCUCUCCUUGUUCAUCUGAUCAGUUUAUAUCAUGCAGCAUUGUCGAUUCAUUCCAUGACAUAUAUUGCUUACCAUACUCUUCAAGGAUCCAAACAGUUUGUUCCUAUUUGAUCUUUAACAUCUUAUGUUCAGCAAGUGCGUUGACAUUCUCUCAGGAAGAUGAAUGGCUUCCUCUUACUGUGAAGCUAUUGGAGUUUAUCAAUUCUGGUAUUGAUUAUACAUCUAGUAACCAAGAACACAAGAUAUUGAUUGGGGUAUUAUGCUUUGUUUUGCAUCAUUCAGCAAGCAAAGUUCUUGUUGAGCCUGCAAAAGCCAUAAUCUUGAACAGUUCAUUGGUUUCUUUAACGGAUGUUAUAGUACAGAAAGCAUGUUCAAAAGGCCCAUCUUUAUUUCAACACAAUCAGGAUACAGCCUUUGGAGAACUCCUAAGUCUUGUACUUCUAUUAGUGUUUUUCUCUCUAAGAAGCUUGCAUACAAUUCUAGAAGCAAGUAUCGACUGGCAGGACUUUCUUCAGCAUUCAGAAGACAUCCAAUCUUUUUCUGUCCUCGGUAUUCCAUGCCAUGAUUUAUGCCGUCUCAUGCACUUCGGUCCACCUUCUAUUAAACUUAUUGCUUCACAAUGUCUGCUGGAGUUGCUCACGAGAAUUUCAGAUCAAAGAACAUGUACUAAUGCUGAAUUAAGAUGCUCUGUGAAGUAUCUGAAGUCCAUUAUUGCAGUGACCGAGGGUUUGGUCUUCAGUGAAGAAAGUAAAGUUGCUGGAAAUUGUGGUGCCUGUCUCUCUGUGAUUCUAGGUUGGGAGAAAUUUGGAAGCCAAGAGAAGGUGGCGACCAGAGAAUCCAAAUGGUUUCGAUUAAUAAUGGAGGAAUUUGCAGUUGCCUUGACUGCUCCUGGUUUGACGUCCAAAUCUUUCACCAAUCAGCAGAAGUUUGCAGCGAAUCUAGCUAUUUCAUUGCUCAGGCUGAGCCAAGUACCAGAUUGGCUAACAUCGCUGUUUGAUAGCCAUCUGAUAUCUGGCAUUGUGGCUAAUCUUUCUGCUAGGAAUGUUACUGCAGAAAUUGUCAAUCUCUUCAGUGAGCUCAUGGCUAGGAAAUAUCUGAGUAAAGAGCACAUUGUUGCUCUGCAUAACUUGUUCCAGGUGUGCAGAAGGCAGGUCUAUGAGGGAAGCUCCAAGGCGCAAAUGUUUGGGCAAAGUGCUAAAAAGGUUGCGAGGAGCACCGAUGACAUGCUCGCAUUGCUCUUUGGCCUGAUGCUGAACCAGAACGCAGACCCUGGUGCAGUUCAAUCGGAGCAGCAGACGCUCCUGCGUGCGAUUGAUCUGUUCUUCCAGCAGUCAAGUGGGAGAGAACAGCGUUAACAUAAACGCCAACCAGCUUGUACAGAUGUUGUUGAAGAAAGCUGAUUCUUCUUUCUCUACGUUUUCUGAACCAAGUCGAUAAUAUUCCAAAUGGAACAGCAGUCCCUCUGUUCCUGAGAGGGUCCUCGAUUUUCCUGCAAAAGAGGAGAGGCUUAGUAAGUUGUAUAUAUAUCCAAAAGUUUUGGUGUAGGAGAUGAAUGUACAUGUGAUGUGAAUCGAUAGGAUUGCAAUCAUCCUUCUGGCCUGAAACAGUAACAUCUAUUAACUCGACUUUUAUAAGGCGUAUUCUUCCUUA